AUGCCUGCUCAGACUUCUGAGAAGCCGGACUACCAGAAUAUCUUUCACUGGGCAGAGACCCAGAAGGAUGGCGCCAUCCCAUCUUUUGCAGUGAGAAAGAAUGAUCCGUACGAGUAUCAAUGUGGCUUUGGAAACCACUUCGAGUCCGAAGUUAUUCCAGGAACAAUCCCACUGGGACAAAACAGCCCAAGAUGUGUCCGCUUCGGUCUCUACGCAGAGCAAAUGACUGCCUCUGCGUUUGUAGCUCCCAGAGCCUCUAACAAGAGGUCAUGGCUUUACAGAGUUCGCCCAGCUGUUGCGCAUGAAGGAUUCACUGAUUUACCAGACAACAAAGAUACAGAGUCAAACUUUUUGCCUAUUAAUCCUCGUGUCCAUGUUUCUCCAACUCAAUUGGCAUGGAUGCCCUUCGACAUUGAAACCGAGGGAGAAGUCGACUUCGUCUCUGGCCUCAAGACGGUCGCUGGCUCAGGUGACCCAACCCUGAGAGAAGGUAUUGUGACACAUGUUUACACCGCAAACACAAGCAUGAAGCAAAAGGCCUUUGUGAAUUCGGAUGGGGAGUUUUUGAUCGUCCCGCAACAGGGAGCUCUAGACAUCCAGACCGAGUUUGGUCCUCUUUUCGUGCAGCCAGGAGAAAUUUGUGUCAUCCAACGAGGAAUUCGCUUCCGUGUCGAGCUACCAGAGGGUCCAUCUCGUGGCUACAUCCUCGAAGUAUGGGGAACGCAGUUCGAAUUACCAGAAUUGGGAGCUCUGGGUGCGAACGGCCUUGCCAAUUCACGUGACUUUUUGACACCAAAAGCAAAGUACGAGGUGAAGAAGGAGAGAUGGGAGAUUGUGUACAAGCUCGGAGGAAAGUUCUUCAAGAGCACUCAAGGACACUCCCCUUUCGAUGUCGUUGCUUGGCAUGGCAACUAUGUACCAUACAAAUAUGACCUAACAAAAUUCGUCAAUGUUGGCUCCAUCUCCGUUGACCAUAUCGAUCCCUCGAUCUUCUGCGUUCUCACAGCGAAGUCUCGAGACCCAACAGCACCACUCGCCGACUUCCUCAUCUUCUCUCCACGUUGGGACGUAGCUUCUCACACCUACCGACCACCAUAUUACCAUCGAAACGUCGCAUCCGAACUUAUGGGUCUCAUCUAUGGCGACUACGGCGGACGUUCAGAUGCUUUCCAACCCGGAAGUGUUUCCUUCGAAUGCGGAAUGGUGCCACACGGCGUAGCAUACGAAGAAUUCAAGGCAGCGUCUGCUCAGCCCCCGCCAGAGAUGCAGAUUUCGAAGGGAUCGAUCGCUUUCAUGUUCGAGUCCAGCAGGCCUUUUACUAUUACAGAUUAUGCCUGGAACAGCAAGAAGAAGCAUGAGCAUGAGCCGAAGAUGUGGGAUAAUCUGGUUGAUAAUUUCUCGAGCCAUGCGAAGGAGGUUGAGGAGAUCAUGAGUAAGGUCAAUGGAUUGAAGGUUACGAAUGGGCACUGA